AUCCCUCCCCUUCCCUCCACAUCCACCUUAAUUCUUGUCACAAUGGCCUCCCGGCGCCUAGCAUUCAAUUUCAACCAGGCUCUCCGGAGCCGGGCUGCUCUGAAGUCCAUCCAGCCCGUCAAGCGAGGCUUCUCUUCCCCGGUCACCCUCCCAUCCACCACCCAGUCGACCACCCUCUCUAACGGCUUCACGAUCGCUACUGAGUACUCCCCAUGGGCCCAGACCUCGACUGUUGGCGUGUGGAUCGAUGCCGGCAGCAGGGCAGAGACUGACAAGACCAACGGAACCGCGCACUUCCUUGAACACCUUGCUUUCAAGGGCACCAACAAGCGCAGCCAGCACCAAUUGGAGCUUGAGAUCGAGAACAUGGGCGCUCACCUGAACGCCUACACAUCGAGAGAAAACACCGUUUACUACGCCAAGGCCUUCAACAACGAUGUUCCCAAGGCCGUUGAUAUCCUCGCCGACAUCCUUCAGAACUCCAAGCUCGAGCCCGGUGCUAUUGAGCGUGAGAGGGACGUGAUCCUCCGUGAGCAGGAGGAGGUUGACAAGCAGUUCGAGGAGGUUGUCUUCGACCACCUUCACGCCACCGCUUACCAGAACCAGCCCCUCGGUCGCACCAUCCUCGGCCCCAAGGAGAACAUCCAGACCAUCUCCCGCGACAACCUGGUCGACUACAUCAAGACCAACUACACUGCUGACCGCAUGGUCCUUGUUGGUGCCGGUGGUAUCCCUCACGAGCAGCUCGUCCGCCUCGCCGAGGAGCACUUCGGCACCCUCCCCAGCAAGCCCCCUACCUCUGCCGCUCUCGCUCUCACCGCUGAGCAGAAGCGCACCCCCGAGUUCAUUGGAUCCGAAGUGAGACUCCGUGAUGACACCAUCCCUACUGCUCACAUUGCCCUCGCCGUUGAGGGUGUCAGCUGGAAGGACGAUGACUACUUCACUGCCCUCGUCGCCCAGGCCAUUGUUGGCAACUGGGACCGUGCCAUGGGCAACUCUCCCUACCUCGGCAGCAAGCUCAGCUCCCUCGUUGAGCACCACGGCCUUGCCAACAGCUUCAUGAGCUUCUCCACCAGCUACAGCGACACUGGUCUCUGGGGUAUCUACCUGGUCUCUGAGAACCUGACCGCCCUCGACGACCUCACUCACUUCGCCAUGCCUCAGCUCAAGGCUUCCAUCCUCCUCUCCCUGGACGGCACCACUGCCGUCGCCGAAGACAUUGGUCGCCAGAUCAUCACCACUGGCCGCCGCCUCUCCCCCGAGGACAUUGAGCGCACAAUCGGCCAGAUCAGCGAGAAGGAUGUCAUGGACUUCGCCAACCGCCGCAUCUGGGAUCAGGACGUCGCUGUGAGCGCCUUCGGCAGCGUUGAGGGUCUCCUCGACUACAACCGUAUCCGCGCGGACACCACCCGUAACACCUUGUAA